UCUCCCGCCUCCCUUCUCCUGCUCCCUCCCCCCCCCGUCGGCCUCCAAGAUAGAUUCCCUCAGGAGCAAGGUUGACCUGCUCAAGCUGCCCCUGGCCCUCACCACCAAGUCCAUCGCCGAGCGCAAGAGCCAGCUGGGAGGAGUCGGCGAGCAGCGGGGCACCGGGGGAGGGGGGGGAGGAGGAGGUGGGAUUCGCAAAGCCCGCUCGCCGCCGACCCGAGACAUGGACAACGAGUCGCAGUACUCGGGCUACUCGUACAAGUCCUCCCACUCCAGAAGCUCCCGCAAGCACAGGGAUCGGAGGGAUCGGCACCGCUCCAAGAGCCGGGACAGCAGCAGCCGCGGAGACAAGUCCGUCACCAUCCAGACGCCCGGGGAGCCGCUGCUCGACGCCGAGUCGACCCGAGGGGACGAGCGGGAUGACAACUGGGGCGAGACCACCACGGUGGUCACCGGCACCUCGGAGCACAGCGUCUCAAACGAGGACCUGACCCGCGUCACCAAGGACCUGGAGGAGUCCGCCCCGCUGCAGUGCAAGCGCUUCGUGGGCCCGGCCGUGGGAGGCUGCCUGAGCUUCCUGGCGCUGGUCACGCCGCUGGCGUUCCUCGUCCUGCCGCAGGUCCUGUGGCGCGAGUCCCUGGAGCCCUGCGGGACGCCCUGCGAGGGCCUCUACGUCUCGCUGGCCUUCAAGCUCCUGGUGCUGCUCAUCUCCUCCUGGGCGCUGUUCCUGCGGCCGCAGCGCGCCACGCUGCCGCGCUUCUUCGUCUUCCGCUGCCUGCUGAUGGUGCUGGUGUUCCUCUUCAUAGCGUCCUACUGGCUGUUCUACGGCGUGCGGGUGCUGGAGCCCAGGGAGCGCGACUACAGGGGCAUCGUGGAGUACGCCGCCUCGCUGGUGGACGCCCUGCUCUUCAUUCAGUACCUGGCUCUGGUGCUGCUGGAGGUGCGGCACCUGCAGCCGGCCUUCUGCCUGAAGGUGGUGCGGAGCACGGACGGAGCCAGCAAGUUCUACAACGUGGGCCACCUGAGUAUCCAGCGGGCGGCCGUCUGGGUGUUGGACCGUUACUACAGCGACUUCUCCGUCUACAACCCGGCGCUGCUCAACCUGCCCAAGUCCAUCCUGUCCAAGAAGAUGACCGGCUUCAAGGUCUACUCCCUGGACGAAAGCACCACCAACAACUCGACGGGCCAGUCGCGGGCCAUGAUAGCAGCCGCCGCCCGCAGGCGAGACAACUCCCACAACGAGUUCUACUACGAGGAGGCCGAGAUGGACCGCAGGCUCCGCAAACGCAAGGCCAGGUUGGUCGUGGCGGUGGAGGAGGCCUUCACGCACAUCAAGCGUCUCCACGAGGACGAGGUGGCCUCGUCCCCCAAACACCCCCGGGAGGUGAUGGAUCCCCGGGAGGCGGCGCAGGCCAUCUUCGCCCCCAUGGCGCGGGCGAUGCAGAAAUACCUGAGAACCACCCGGCAGCAGGCCUUCCACAGCAUGGAGAGCAUCCUCACGCACCUGCAGUUCUGCAUCACGCACAACAUGACGCCAAAGGCCUUCCUGGAGCGAUACCUCUCCCCCGGCCCCACCAUGCAGUACCAGCAGCCCAACAGCGGGGGGCGCCAGUGGACCCUGGUGAGCGAGGAGCCGGUGACCUCCGCCCUGCGUCAGGGCCUCGUCUUCUCGCUGCGGCGCCUCGACUUCUCGCUGGUGGUGACGGUGACGCCGCUACCCUUCCUGCGGCUCGGGGAGGAGUUCAUCGACCCCAAGAGCCACAAGUUCGUCAUGAGGCUGCAGUCGGAGACCUCGGUGUAAAGAAUCCCCCCCCCCCCCCCACCCCCCCAAAUAAACCCUGCCGUGCCCGCUCCUGCUGGAUCGUGCGGGGACCGUGCGGUUCAGUCCCAUCCAACCAAUUCCCUUGUGGGACAAAAUACAACCACGCGAGGACCGGAGCGUCUGACUCCUCCCCCCCUCCCCCCCCCGUUUAUUUUUUAACGGUCAUCACAAUCGCUCUGAUACCAAACUGCGAUUGUUCGACCCUGGAUUUAAACGGAUGCCUUGACUCCUUCUUUGUCUUUUACAAUAAUAAAGGGGGCUUUUUUCCCCCCCCCCUCCCUUUGCCAUCCACUGUUGCCGUGACUACUGGACUGUGCUGACUGGGCACACGACCACCAGGAGGAAGAUGAUGAGGAGGAUUACAUCACUUUUGUCGCUUCCUCUUUCUUGUUGCCCUCUCGCUAUAAACAGACUAACUGGAGCUCUGCUGUGACCUUGUUGUACCACUGCCUUUCUUUAAGAUGACUUUUAUACAUUAAAGGGUGUGACAUUUAUCUUUCCUUUUUUUUUACACUUACAGAAUGUAGCAGUAUGUACUUUAAAGUUAACACACGGCUUUCUUUUUUUCUUUUUUGCUGCCUUAAAGUCAAAAUGUCCUCUUUUUUUUUUUAUCUGACUAAAGUCAAAAUAGAGGAACACUGCUGAGUUCCUCCUGACUCUCUCUCUCUGCUCAUGAUGGUUCAAGCAGGUUUUAUUUUUUAUCCUCCUCUUCUUUGUACCUUCCAUUUUACAAGAAGACUAAACAAAGACCCCAUCGGUGCCUGUUUUUAUCACACAAUCUUAAUCGGCUUAUUUAACUGGAUAUGGGUUUCAAAGUAAAAGCCUGGUGUUAUUCUGAGCUGUUCUUGGCGUCAACGAAUGCAACAAUGUGUUGCAAUUCUUUCUGGUGGUUUGAGAUCUAUUUAUCUAUCUAUAUCUUUACAAACUAUAAAAACUGGAGAAAAUGACGUAGCUACCUGGCUCCCUAUUUAAAGCUCAUAUGUCACAUAUGUCACAUAUGUCACUGCAGCUUUGGGGGUUUCACAUCGAGCUUUAGUCACAAAUAAUACCGUUUACAGGAGAUUACUUACUUUUUUGUUUUGGAUUAAUUAAGAAAAAGACCUGUAUAGAUUGUGUGUCCCGACAUCUCAUUCAACUUCUUUUUAUUCAAUUGCAUUGUGAUUGUAAAAGUGCACGUGACUUGUAACAUUCAAACCACGUUUUAAAGGAUGAAAACCACGCUCUUCGUCAUAUCAUGUAUGACAUGAUACGUACUUGAGGUCAAUAUUCACAUAUUCAUGUCCAAUCACAAUGCAGCGUUGAGCCUGAACAGCAGGAGACCCCGAAACGCGUCUGUUUUACGGCUCUUUUUUUUUUUUUUUUUA